AUGAUCAAAUAAAUGUAUGAUAUAAGUGAUGAGUAUAUACAAGAUUAUUAAAGAAAUUACAUCAAAAACAAUGAGUUACUAACCAAAAAUUUCUUUUUGAAGGGAAUUCAAUAAAUAAAAAAGUAAAUUUAUGAAUUAUUAAUUUAAAAAAAACAUUAUGUCAAAAUCUAUUAAUUCUGAUACGCCAUAGAAAUUUUAAAGUAGUGAAUAACAUAAAAUAAAUAUUCAAAAUAUUCAUUUCUUUCAUAUAAAAAGGUAUUAAAGGCAAUUAAGUUGUUGAGAAUUAGUUGAUAAAUGAUGAUUUAGAAUAAAUAAAAUAUAUUAUAAAUUAUCCAGUAUAUAAUCCAUAUCAAGACUAAAAUUGUUAAGAAUAAAUCCAAUAAGAUAUUCUUGAUGCUGCUGAAUUAUCAUCUGAUAAACAUAAUAAAAUUCCAUAAAGAAAACCAACUUAAUCAAUUAAAUAUUCUAAACUUUAAAAAUAAGAUUAUAUGUAUCCUUAGAUUUUCAGGCUGAUUAUGAAUCAUUAAAAUCUAUGUAUGAAUUCAAUCUAUAUUAGUAAAGUAUGAAAUUGUAAGAAAAGUUAAUUGA